GAUGAAAUUAACAACAAGAGGGGGGCAUGGAGAAGUAAAAGUUGACAUUAAACAUUCAGGUUUUGUCGGGAGAGUUUAAUUUAUUCGCGUUCUGUCUCAGCUCCUGUGUGUAGUCCUGUCAGCCGUUGUUAUUUACAUACUUUUUGGUCUCGUGCCUUGUUUUAGCUCUGUUCUUUUAUGCAGUUAGCUCAGCUAGCCAUCAUGCUAACCAGGAAAUUUGGGGAGCUUCCUCAGCCAAAGCGCCUUACCAGAGAGGCGAUGCGUAAUUACUUGAAGGAGAGAGGAGAUCAGACGGUGCUGAUACUACACGCAAAAGUUGCACAGAAAUCGUACGGCAAUGAAAAGAGGUUCUUCUGCCCGCCGCCGUGUGUGUACCUGAUGGGCUGCGGCUGGAAGAAGAAGAAGGAGCAGAUGGAGAGAGAGGGCUGCUCCGAGCAGGAGGCACAACCCUGCGCUUUUAUCGGCAUCGGAAACAGCGAGCAAGAAAUGCAGCAGCUCAAUCUGGAGGGCAAGAACUUCUGCACAGCCAAAACGUUGUACAUAUCCGACUCAGACAAGAGGAAGCACUUCAUGCUGUCGGUGAAGAUGUUCUACGGGAACAGCGCAGAAAUCGGCGUCUUCCUCAGCAAACGCAUCAAAGUCAUUUCCAAGCCUUCCAAGAAGAAACAGUCUCUGAAGAACGCAGACCUGUGUAUAGCGUCGGGCACAAAAGUGGCUCUGUUUAAUCGGUUACGCUCUCAGACAGUCAGCACUCGAUACCUCCAUGUUGAGGGAGGAAACUUCCACGCCAGCUCUCAGCAGUGGGGGGCCUUUUACAUCCACCUGUUGGAUGAUGAUGAGUCGGAGGGGGAGGAGUUUACAGUGAGAGACGGGUACAUCCACUACGGUCAGACCGUUAAACUGGUGUGUUCUGUCACUGGCAUGGCUUUACCGCGUCUGAUAAUCCGUAAGGUGGAUAAGCAGACGGCGCUGAUGGAUGCAGAUGAUCCUGUAUCUCAGCUACACAAGUGUGCGUUUUACCUGAAGGACACAGAGCGCAUGUACCUGUGUCUCUCUCAGGAACGCAUCAUCCAGUUCCAGGCGACGCCGUGCCCCAAAGAGACGAACAAAGAGAUGAUUAACGACGGCGCGUCGUGGACGAUCAUCAGCACAGAUAAAGCCGAGUACACGUUCUACGAGGGCAUGGGCCCUGUCACACACCCCGUCACACCUGUACCUGUGGUUGAGAGUUUACAGCUAAACGGAGGGGGUGAUGUGGCCAUGCUGGAGCUGACUGGACAGAACUUUACUCCAAAUCUCAGAGUGUGGUUCGGUGACGUGGAGGCGGACACCAUGUACAGGUGCGGUGAGAGCGUUCUCUGCGUGGUUCCCGAUAUCUCGGCGUUCCGUGAGGGAUGGCGCUGGGUCCGGCAACCCGUCCAGGUUCCCGUCACUCUGGUGCGCAACGACGGCAUCAUCUACUCCACGGCACUCACCUUCACCUACACACCUGAGCCAGGGCCACGCCCACACUGCAGUGCCGCGGGGGCCAUCCUGCGCUCAGGCUCCGCCUCCUCGCCCUCAUCAUCCUCCUCAUCCUCCUCUUUGUCUUCAUCAUCAUCUUCAUCGGGCCUUAUGCUGCAGUCGAGGAUCGACAGUCAGGCUGGAUUCCCAACAACCGGCGGUGUUUCUUCAUCGUCCUCUUCCUCCUCAGCCAUGUCCGUGUCCUAACCUGUGUGUGUGUGUGUGUGUGUGUGUGUGUGUGUGGUGCUGAAGGGCAAAAUUAAAACGCCAACUUUCAGAUUCUCCAAAAAAGGACAACGAUGUUGCAGAAUGGAUGAAACUCUGAGAGAAAAAUCAAACUCAAGACCGUCUCUUUUCUCCAUUUUUUUUCUUUCACGGAAAUAAAACGAAACUAAUCAUGGCUUUGCCAAACCCGUAAAAACACAGGUGAAGAAAAUUCUCCGUCAGAAGGGCUCCGAUGCGUCGACGUGGAAGAAAAAAAGUUAUCACAUAGUAAUAUAGUUUUCAAGGACCAAGGAAUAUUAUUAUUAUUUUUUAUUGAUGUAUAAUUUUAUAAGCUUUAGCUAAGGUACAUUUUUCACCUUUUUUUUUUUCUCAGUUUUAUAACAUUUAGUAACCUUUUGUUACCAAAUAGUUUUGUAUAUUUCUCAUGAGCAUUUGUGCUCGGAAGUUAAAAAAAAAAAAAAGCAAAAAAAAAAAGAAAAGGUUCACGCGGUUUUAAUCGCCUGAGCUCUUUGUCAUAGCUGCCUUUUAAUCCUCUUUGGCGACUGCCUUAAAUUUUCUGGACUUGUACCAGCGUUUUUACAUUUUUUUUCUUUUGUAAUACUGUUUUUACAUCAUGUAUAUUUGCCCUGUUUUUUGUUUCCUAAACUGAAGUGUAAUAUUGUGCGUGUGAUUUGGGAGAAGGUGGCUUUACACUCGUUUUUUUUUUUUUUUUUUUUUUUUUAAACACACAAAAGCUUUAACUGACUCAUCCUGCCAUUGAGUGAUCGUCUGAGCAAUUACAAACUGCCCCAGCCGUUUUUGCCCCUUCUUAUUGGCAAAAAAAAAAAAAAAUCAUCUUCCCACUCACAACAGCUUGAGUAAUGCACUUAGACCUCUCGAUCUCAAGAGCACGAAGUAGUGAUCAUUGCUUCAGAGGCUUUCGUUAGCGAUCCUGAUCAUCACCGUGAUGCUUUCAGUAAACCCGGCUCUGAUUAAAUUAUUAAAAAUGAGUUCGUGAUAGUAUCGAAGCUUCCAUGACGCAGUAUGGAGACUUUACCCUGAUAUGUUUAACACCAAGGUGGGGUGAAAUUUUUACUUCCAAUAAGUUGUAAAAGUACCGAUUCAGUGCUUUUACACUCUCUCUCUCUCUCUCUCUCUCUCUCUCUCUCUCUCCCCCCUGCGCAGUUUAUUUUCAGAAAAUGAUGAUUUGAUGAUUUCCCUGCACACGCUCUAGCUAACGGUCAUCUCGCACACUAAUUAUCUGGAACUCGAGUCCAGAACUCGGAAAUGCAACACAAGUUGAGUCUGGAUUUUGGAUUAGAGUCCAGUAUUGUGGGAAAAUGCAAAAUAGAUUUGGUCCGUCCAUGCGAAACAGGUUGAGACCAGAACACAGAACACUUCACGGCCUGGACUCGUUAAUGCAAAACAGGACGAAUCCACGACACGACACGACACUGCAAAACAAGUUGAGUCUGGAUUUUGGAAUUGACAAAUGGAUUAGGUUCAAACCCAAGUUAACCUUAAAGAAAGGCGAAGAAACAGGAGCAGUUCAGAUUUUGUAAAACAGAUUUGGUCCAGAACUCAGCAAUGCAAAACAGGUUAAGUCCAGAACCCUGUAAUGCAAAACAAAGAGUUUAGUUUCAAAACUCAGAAAGGUGAAACAGGUACAGUUCAGAUUAGUAUAACGGUAAAACAGUUUGUGGUUCCGAAUCCAGGAGCACAACGCAGGUUGAGUCCAGAAGUCUGUGACUCUGAAUACACAAAACAGAUCGAAGACUCAAAUGCUAAACCAGCCUGGGCCAGGAAACUUGGAGAUGUAAAACAGGGUUUCGGAACUGAUUUAUGUUCAAACUUCUGAAAAAGUGCAGUUCAGAUUUCAUAACUGUAAAACAGAUUUGUUCCAGAACUCAGUAACGUAAAAUAGUUCGGUUCCAGGAUAGAAUAACACAAUACAGGUGGAAUCCAGCCUCAAAACUUGUAAAAUAUGUCGAAUCCGGAAACUGGAACAUGGUCCAAAAUUCAGACACGGAAACGUUUUGAGUUUAAAACUCAACUUGGUUAACUCAAAACAGUUUAGAGCUCAGAACCUGGAAAAUAGCAAACAGGUCGAGUCCAGAACUCAGGAAAAUGCUUGUUUGGUGCAGAACCAGGACUGAAAAAACAGCUGUAGUUUGAACUUGGAAAAUCCGAAACAGGAACAGAACUUUCAGAAAAUAUAGAAGUCCAUGAGCCACAUUUCCAGCUCCGAGCUCUGAAGAGUGAAGCAGGUUGAUCCUGAAACUUUAAUCCAGUCGUUUUUAGGAUAAGAGGAGCAGAAAGAAACAAAAUGUUGUGUGUCCAAGUGAAGCAAAGUGUUUUAGGGCUUUGAAACUUGGGGGGAAAGAUGAAAAUUUCCAACAAGAGCAUCAUUGCAUCUAUCGUUUGUGUACAGUUGCGGAAUUUAUCCAACCUUGAAGUAGAGUUCAGCUGAAUGUCUGCCUUUAUGGACAGGUUUGUGUGAACACGACUGGAAAACUGAGGUGUAAAGACUCGGUUCAAAUCGAGUGUUAAUGUGCCUACUGCUCUUUUUUUGUUUGUUUUUUUUCCCCCUUAGUCUUUGUGCUUCUUUUUGUUUGUCUGUUUUCAGCCCAGCUGCAUAUGCAUUGCUUUUUGUAAGAAAGGGCAUUUUCUUGUGAAACAGUGUGCUCUUCUUCUUGUUUUGUUUUUGCUUUCAGGCCAAUUUGAUUUGGUGUGUUUGGUCAUGUGUAGGAAGGAAGCACCCUGUGAUUGAGGGCUCUUAUCACCUACGAACUGAAAAAUGCGUCCAGAAUCUGUGCACUUUGUUGAUAUAUCUUCCUCUGUUCUUGUUUAUUUUUUCUCCUCCGUCAUGAAAGAUCAUUUUUGUGGCAGCUGAAACGAACCCUUUGUGCCUAUGAGAAAUCUAACCCCCAUCUCAUCACCACUCUCAAACUCUUUUCAAACCUAGAGGUCAAUGUUUUUGAAGGUCAUGACAUUUUCAGUGUUAUUUUCUCCAGUUGCUUUAUUAGGCUGUGCUCCAGUAGCGUUCCUGACAUGCCCUUGUCCCCUAGCCACUUCCCCAGAUGGGCUCCUGGGGAAUUAUCCACAAAUAUGGUGGCAUGGUUCCAUAUUUUUCUUCUUUGAAUUCUUUCUUUGAGAUCAACUGCUGCGGCUGGUGCUUGGUUCAGAUGAGAGCCUCCAGCCAUGAUGAUUCUUUAUAGAUGAAAUUUAAGAACUUUGAAGUGUAAACGGGCAACAAAACAUUUCAAAACUAACAUUUUAUUCCUUCAACUCCUCUUGUACAACUUUACUCAGCUAGCUAAUUAUCAAUUUAGCUAGUUCACUCAACAGGGGUGUGUUUAAAACUGUACUGGAAUGCAGCAAUAGUCUUCCGAAGAUAUUCUCUCAAAGCCUUUUUUAUGAAAGAAAUAACAUGGCAAAGGAUCAAACAGUCGAUUAGCAAUGUUUGCAUUUUAGUUUUGCUAACAAGUAAAGCAACUCCGUCUCACGCGAAGUCUUUCCGUCCACGAACAAAUCUUCGGAUAGUCAUUUCAAGCAUCGUCAUUAAGCUCCAUGAUGUUUUUUUUUCUCAUAAAUUAAUUUCUGAAUAUCAUCAGCCCUUUCUACACAUUUAAGUUCAAAUCAUCUACAAUUACGUCAUCAAAUUCUAGGAGGCGGAUCCUAAGCGGCAUCUUGAAGUGCGUUCAGAAUGGCAGCCUCUGUAACUUUCCAGCUUCGUGUGAAGUUCAGACCAUGUUUAUAGAUGACAGGAAGUCCCACUGCAUCCUAAACCAGUCUAAAGAACUGGGCGUGGUCAGAGGCGGAGAUUUACCUGUUAUUUUGUUAGCUAUUUUAUCCACGUUGCUCCAGGAGCAAACACACCGAACGUGUCUCGGCUGAUCGACUACAUUUAGGUUAAAGCAGACUGAUGAACUUUUUCAGGAUCAUGCUGAUUUGUCGUUUUCUUAUUUAAUGAGCUAAUUAUUUUUCACUUGUGCCACUGUACUUGCCUUAACGAUCAAAGAUAAGCGAAACAGUUCUCUGAUGAAAUGCCGUUAAACGUCCUUUGCCAAAACCUUGCCACUUAGAUUUGUCAAACAUCUCGGAUCACUCAUAAACGGUAAUUUUUUAAUUUUUUUAUUUUUUGGUGUGUGCUAUAAGCCAAGAGUCCGGACUGUUUGCGCUAUUUCCACUCGGGACGUUAUGAGUGCUAUCGCUCUGAAGGGCCAGUGCAUCUGUAGCCUCACUUAAAUACUGUAAUGGAUGCAAUACACGUCAUUAUCAGCAUAAACCCAGGCUGUGUUCCAUUUCUCUAAUCUGCUGCCACCUUAUGUGCGGUUCUAUCGCUUUAUCCUCUCGAGUGAAGUUCACUAAUGACCAUUAGACGAGGGAUCGAGUCGACGUCAGUGGAGCAAUAAAAUACUUAACAGAU